AUGGCUUCGCGUCCCCAGAACAUUGGCAUCAAGGCCAUCGAGAUCUACUUCCCCAGCCAGUAUGUCGAACAGAGCGAACUCGAGAAGUUCGAUGGCGUCUCCGCUGGAAAAUACACCAUUGGCCUCGGCCAGACCAAGAUGAGCUUUUGCGAUGAUCGUGAGGACAUUUACUCGCUUGCUCUCACCGUCACUUCGAACUUGCUCAAGAAGUACAACAUCGACCCCAACUCCAUCGGUCGCCUGGAGGUUGGAACCGAGACCAUUUUGGACAAGUCCAAGUCGGUCAAAUCUGUCCUGAUGCAGCUUUUUGGCGACAAUGCCAAUCUCGAAGGCGUCGACACCGUCAACGCUUGCUAUGGCGGCACCAAUGCUCUCUUCAACAGCGUGAACUGGGUGGAGUCGUCUGCCUGGGACGGCCGCGAUGCCAUCGUUGUGGCUGGCGAUAUUGCUCUGUACGCCAAGGGCAAUGCUCGCCCAACUGGUGGUGCCGGUGCUGUUGCUAUGCUCAUCGGUCCUGAUGCUCCUGUUGUCAUGGAGCCAGGCCUGCGAGGCACCUACAUGCAGCACGCAUACGACUUUUACAAGCCUGACUUGACCAGCGAAUACCCCUAUGUUGAUGGACACUACUCCAUCAACUGCUACACCAAGGCUCUGGAUGCUGCGUACCGCGACUACUGCAAGCGUGAGGCCAGGCUUGCCAAUGGCCAUGCCAACGGCACCGAUGCUAGCAAGACUCCCCUCGACCGCUUCGACUAUCUUGCUUUCCACGCUCCUACAUGCAAGCUCGUGCAGAAGUCGUACGCUCGAUUGCUGUACCACGACUACCUGGCCAACGCUGAUGCUCCCGCCUUCGCUGAGGUCGCUCCCGAGCUGCGUGACAUGGACUACGAGAAGUCCCUGACCGACAAGGUCGUUGAGAAGACUUUCAUGACCUUGACGAAGAAGAAGUUCCAGGAGCGUGUCCAGCCCGCUACUCAAGUUGCCACCAUGUGUGGUAACAUGUACUGCGCCAGUGUCUGGGGUGGUGUCGCCAGCUUGCUGUCUUUCGCCGACCCCAAGAGCCUGGAGGGCAAGCGCAUUGGCGUUUUCUCCUACGGAUCUGGUCUGGCCUCGAGUUUCAUGUCUUUCCGCGUCAACGGCAGUGUUGAGACCAUUGCUAAGAACUUGGACAUCCCCGCUCGCCUGGAUGCACGACGGGCUGUGCCUCCCGAGACAUUCGAUUCCAUGUGCGAACUCCGUCACCAGGCCCACCUCAAGAAGGACUACACCCCCAAGGGCGAACCCUCGACCAUCAUCCCCGGCACCUACUACCUGGAGAAGGUUGACGACAUGUUCAAGCGCGAGUACAAGGUCCAAGCAUAA